GACGAAAAGAAACAGAACAAGCGUGAAAUAUCAUUGAGGUCACAAGGUUGUCUUUGAAAGGUUAUCGAACGUCGUCUCCUCGAAUUUGAAAUCAGUCACAUUCGUUCACGAAGUACACUGCAAACAUGUUGCCCAGAUUUCUGAAGCCCACGUUAACCAUCGCUCAACAAGGAGCGAAACGAUUAUCAACGAGUGCCACGCGCGAUGCCAAGGUCGCUGUCAUGGGCGCCAGCGGUGGAAUUGGGCAACCGCUAUCGCUGCUCUUGAAACAAUCACCUCUCAUAACCGAAUUAUCGUUGUACGAUAUUGUGAACACGCCAGGUGUCGCUGCUGAUCUCUCGCACAUAGACACGGCGGCAAAAGUAAAAGCCUUUACAGGCCCGAACGAAUUGAAGGAUUCGGUUAAAGGAGCACAAGUGGUCAUCAUACCCGCCGGUGUUCCACGUAAACCAGGAAUGACUAGAGAUGAUCUCUUCAAUACAAACGCUUCCAUAGUAAGAGAUCUUGCUCAAGCUGUGGCAGAAGUGUCUCCAAAGGCACUCAUUGCUAUUAUCUCCAAUCCAGUUAACAGCACCGUGCCUAUUGCCAGCGAAGUAUUGCAAAAAGCUGGUGUUUAUGAUCCUAAAAGAGUAUUUGGUGUAACCACAUUAGAUAUUGUUAGAUCAAACACAUUCGUCGCCGAAGCAAAAGGUCUUGAUCCGCAGAAGACAUCGGUGCCGGUUAUCGGAGGUCACAGUGGUAUCACAAUUAUUCCCCUGAUUUCGCAGUGCAAACCGUCAGUUUCUUUCCCACAAGAUCAACUGAAAGCUCUUACUGGACGGAUCCAGGAAGCUGGUACAGAGGUUGUUAAGGCAAAGGCUGGUACUGGCUCUGCCACGCUUUCGAUGGCGUAUGCGGGUGCUCGAUUCGGUAUUUCGUUGAUCAGAGCGUUGAACGGAGAACAGGGUAUCAUAGAAUGUACCUUCGUCAGGUCCGAUGUCACAUCAGCUAAAUACUUCUCGACGCCUGUUCUGUUGGGCAAACAAGGAGUUGAGAAGAAUCUCGGUCUCGGAGCACUUAGCGCAUACGAGAAAGAACUGAUGGAGAAUGCUCUCCCAGAACUCAAGAAGAAUAUUCAAAAGGGAGAAGAUUUCGUGAAUAAGAAGUGAAUACUGCAAGUUACGACACUAGAUAGAGGCGUGAUCAAUCAAAAUCGAGGAGUCGAAAAUUGUCAGUAUUCGUUAUGAAAAUACUCGCGUUGUACGCGAACAAAGAGAUUAUUCAGAAAAGGUGGAUCCUUUAUAUCUAUCAA